AUGCGUUUUGCGGCACUCUUGUUCGCAUUCGCGUGCUGCUGCGUUGCUGCUGCUGCUGCCGCCGCGGCUCAGCCUUACCAGCCCAACUGGCAGUCGCUGGAUUCGCGUCCCAUCCCCGACUGGUACGACCGUGCCAAGUUCGGCAUCUUUAUUCACUGGGGAGUGUACUCUGUUCCCGCUUGGUCAGUCGUUGGCGAUUAUGCUGAAUGGUACUGGGAACGCCUCGAAAGCGACACGACUGGUGUCUACCAGGCCUUCCACAACAAGACCUACGGUCCGAACUUCAAGUACCAGGACUUUGCUGCUAUGUUCAAAGCCGAGCUGUUCGACCCGGAUACCUGGGCUGAUGUGAUUGCACGAUCUGGCGCAAAGUAUGUCGUUCCCACGAGCAAGCACCACGAAGGCUUCACCAACUGGCCAAGCUCGGUUUCCUGGAACUGGAACAGUGUUGAUGUUGGUCCUCAUCGCGACAUAAUUGGCGAGCUGUUCACCGCCUUCCGCAAGCGCAAUCUGCACGCCGGCAUGUACUUUUCAUUGUUUGAGUGGUACAACCCGCUGUACACUGGACCGAAUCCUGAAGAGUAUGUGGACGAGAUCAUGACUCCUCAGCUUCACGACAUCAUUAACACGUACCAACCUGACCUGCUCUGGACCGAUGGCGAGUGGAUGCAAAACUCGUCGUUCUGGAAGUCCCCCGAUUUCCUGGCUUGGCUGUUUAACUCGUCUCCCGUCAAGGACAAAAUUGUCAUCAACGACCGAUGGGGAGAAGAGACACGCGGUGUGCAUGGCGGCUUUUACACUGCCGAGUACAGCGCGCAAGUUUUCCUCAAUCACAAGUGGGAGGAAAACUCGGGCUUGGAUUUGCACAGCUUUGGCUACAACCGCAUGACCCCCGCCGAACUCUAUUUGACUGCCCUGGAUGUCAUUACCCUGCUCGUUCGUUGCGUUUGCAACGGUGGCAACUUGCUUCUCGAUAUUGGACCGUCGGCGGAUGGCCGCAUCCCUGAACUCCAGCAAGAACGCUUGUUGGAAAUCGGUGCGUGGCUCGACAUCAACGGCGAAGCCAUUUACAACACGAGCAUCUGGACGGUGCAGCAAUCCGAGCUGGUCUUCCCUUUCAACUACAGCAGCCCGGCCGAGCCUCGAUUCAUCUCGCGCCGCUACGCUGAUAUCAACAACUUUGAAAUUCCGGCCGGAACCAGCUCUGAUACGACCGUGCUGCUUGGAAGCGGCGUCAAGACGUACGAGGAAUGCCAGUACCUGUGCACCAAGAAUUCGACGUGCCUGUCCUUCACCUGGUACUCGGCUGCCGUCACGAACGGAUUUGCGCUCAUGUGCUACGGCCGCAUCGAUGAAGCGUACGAGCCUGCGUCGCUGGUUGGUGCCUUCAGCGGCCGCAUGGAGUUUUACCGCGUGUCGUACACCCAGAAUGUCGAAACUCAGCUGCUCUAUGCCAUCGUGCUGCCAUGGCCUGUACCGCGCCAACUUUGA